GACGCAUAAUUCUCAUUCUGCGUGUCUUCUCCGCCAUGGCUUCUGCAAGCGUAAGAAAUGCUCUGGGUGACCUCAACAAAGAUUCCUUCAUAAACCUUUUGUCGAAGCUGAUCGGAGAGUCCAAAUACGUUCAAAAUAAUCCACCGGAGCUGAUUCCGGAGGAGGACAGGAUUGUGAGGCACGUGCUGGACGCGCUCCUUCCCUACAGCACCAUCACAGGCGGUGGCCCACUUAUCAUUAACCAUGUUACCUACAAACCCAAUAGAGGGAAUCUCAUUGUAGAGUACCCUGGAUCUCAGCCGGGAAAAAUCUUGUCAUUUGUUGGCAUGCAUAUGGAUGUUGUAACUGCCAACCCUUCCGAUUGGGAUUUUGAUCCUUUCACGAUGAGCAUGGAUGGAGACAAACUUCGAGGUCGUGGAACCACAGAUUGUUUAGGGCAUGUUGCCCUCGUUGCUGAACUAAUGAGGAAGUUAGGGGAGACAAAGCCACAACUGAAGUCUACCGUGGUUGCUGUCUUUAUUGCCUGUGAAGAGAACUCAUCUAUCCCUGGAGUUGGCAUUGAUGCAUUAGUGAAGGAUGGAUUGCUUGAUAAGUUAAAGCAUGGCCCUCUAUUUUGGAUUGACACAGCAGAUAAACAACCAUGCAUUGGUACCGGUGGUAUGAUACCAUGGAAACUUCAUGUUUCUGGAAAGCUUUUCCACAGCGGUCUACCCCACAAGGCCAUCAAUCCCUUGGAGCUAGCUAUGGAAGCUCUUAAAGAGAUCCAAUUACGGUUCUACAGAGACUUCCCUCCCCAUUUGGAGGAAAAAGUUUAUGGGUUUGCAACCCCGUCGACCAUGAAACCCACACAGUGGAGUUAUCCUGGGGGUGGAAUCAAUCAAAUUCCAGCUGAAUGUACAGUUUCAGGGGAUAUUAGGUUGACUCCAUUUUACAGUGUAACAGAUGUGGAGACUAAACUUCAAAACUAUGUUGAUGACAUGAAUGCCAACAUAGAAAACCUUGAUACACGAGGCCCUGUUUCAAAGUAUGUCCUACCAGACGAAAACCUGAGGGGAAGAAUUACUAUUAGUUUUGGCGAGGCAUUGUCUGGAGUUGCUUGUAAUCUUGAUUCUUGUGGAUUCCAUGUAUUAUGCAAAGCUACUGAAGAGGUGGUUGGGCAUGUAAAACCCUAUUCUAUCACUGGCAGCUUGCCACUCAUACGGGAACUGCAGGAUGAAGGUUUUGAUGUUCAAACUUCUGGCUAUGGAAAUCCAUUUUCCUUCAUCUGUCAAAUGGAAAGUUUUGCUUGUACGAGGAAUUUCAGAUGGAUGACAACUAUACAGAGGGUUAUGUUUUUUAAGUUUAAAGAUUGCGUGUCUUCUCAAAUUAGAGUGGGAACAUUGUUCUUUUGAAAGACUUCCCUGCAGAAAGGCAAAAUUGUAGUUUGUGAUCUUGAUUUUUCUUCGAAAUUUAUGCUUUACGUGUACUUGUCCUGGUUUGAACUUGCAAGGAGUGUUAGAUGACAGCUGAAGAGUUAGGUAAUUGAUGUAGUGGGGAAGGAUCUUAUCUUGCACCUUUAUUCGAGAGUAUCUUUGUUAAAUGAAUAACCGUAUACUUUGUAGCCACAUUCAGUUUUAUGCCAAAACUAAUAGUGUGGACGUAUACUUGUUGAACUUGUAUGCUUCAAAUUUUAAGCAGCAACAGUUACGAAAGUGCUGUGGUUUUUAGAGAAUGUGAGCUGAUGAUGUUCGUAAAACAUUGUCGGUUCAAAAUAUUCUUGUUAUACUGUUACACCGCAUGAUUUGUCACCUAAAGUUAAGAAUUGCAUGUUCAAAUACACCUUCACACGUAUAAGUUUGAAUGCAUGUGG